GGGGUGCAGCCUGUGUGAAGGACGCCCUGCAGGCGGGGAGCCUUUCGGGGCAGUGGGGGGACGCCGGAGGACACCCUGCGGAGACCCUGCCCCGGGUGCGGCAUCCCUGGCGGGGACGGCAAGAGCGGGGCCUAGGCGCACGGAACCUGAAGGCUCUGCCUGGACUUCAGGCGGGUCCAGGGGACCCCAGCCGGCCCCGCGGAGUGCAGUCGGUGUGCAGUCGGGGCAGGAGGGUCGGAGGACGCUGGGCUCCCGCGGGGCAGCCGAGCCCGACCGCCGGCCUCCCGGCCAGCUCACCCGCUUGUUGCGUUUGUUGUGCCAGCCACCAUGGGACCGUCCUCCGGACCGGCAACUUCCUCCAACUCAGGGAGAUCCUACAAACCAGACGGUUGGGAGGGGAGCAAACUGUAGGGUACCUCCUGCAGCUCCCGGUAGUGCAGACUCUGGCUCCUGCAGCAUCCUGGCUUCCUCUGAUUCAGCAGGAAGAGCGAGUAUGCGGAGACCAGCACUCCCCCUAGGGUGAAGGCCUCAGUACUGAGCUCCAGCACCAGCAAGCCCGCCAGCUGCAGGUAGACAGGUUGAGGAUACUACAGGGAAGCCAGCACCUGUUUGCCCCUGCCCCAUUCCCUCUUCACCUCCUCCUCCCACCUUCUCCUUCACUCACCUGUACCUGGGACAGGGCAGCUGGGGCAGGCCCCAAGGCUGUCUUCAUCACCUCGACCACCACCACGAUGAAGCCCAAGAUCAGACUGAAGAUGUUGAGUAUCAUCAUGGUCUGCACCUGCCAGUGAGCCAGCUCAGCCCUGCCCGGCCUAGGAGACUCCUGGGAGCCCCAAGCCCCACCUGCAGCUGAGCCCCAACACAAAACUCGACUCCUCUUCUUCCAUCUCUAAACGGGGCCAUCGGGCCUCUAACUUUCUUGCGUUACCUCCUCAGUCUGUUAGGCGGGUCAGGGGCAGAGAGCUCAGGGUUUGUUAACAUUCAGUCACUUCCCGGCCUGAGUGGUGUGCGUGUGUGUGUGUGUGUGUGUGUGUGUGUGUGUGUGGUGUGUUGGGAGAACAGUGCCGCAUCCUGUGCCCUCUCACCUUCCAGAGGCGAGGUGCUCGGCGCAGCUCAAGGGUAGCAAUCCCAGUGAGGAGACCCUGAAUGGUGGGGAAGGCAAGUGUUGAGCUCUGGCUUCAGGGAGGAGGGGCCUCCAGGACCCUCCUUCCACCCUCCCUUGCCAUGGCUCUUACCAGUGCCCCAGGCCCGAGUGGCAGUGCGGUGGCCAUGUGACAAGCAGAGUUCAGGCAGGCCACGGAGACAGCAAGUGGCACCACAGCCACUGCCAGCCACAGCUGGCUCACCUGGAGGCCACACGCGGGGCAUGUGAAGGGCAUCCAGGGAUCCGCAAGCGGGAGGAAUGCAGGUGGGCGGAACGCAGUCAACCAAGGGCAAGUGAAGGAAUGGGGUAUUCUUUAGUGUUUGUGCCUCGUGUCCUAGUUACUUAACUAUGUGUUUUCCCCACAUGAUGGGAUCUAAUUGGAGACUAAGGGUCUUGCUUCAUUAUUCUACGUUUUCUCCACCCUCCUCCCACUCAGACACUAGCACAGCUUCAGGCAUGCGGUGGGUGCUCCCUAAACAUGGAUACAACUGAAUUGGGGCUACAGUUGGACAUUCUAAAGCCUGAGGCGGGGCAGCCUGGCCUCACCGCCAGCGCCAAGAGGUGCCCAUUUUGCCUGUGCCGUGCCCAGUGCUGUAGCUUUUCCAGACGAAGACUGGAGCUCUCCUGCUCCCGCCGAGCAGCUCUCUCCUCCAUGGCUCCCUUGCCCACUGGAGUUCAGUGCUUCCUAGGCUGGGAGAAAUGCAUCGUGGCGCCUAUCAGCAGAUAGGACGUGCGGCAACAUCUCUUUCAGCUGUCCCUUUGCCCGCUUCCAAAAUCCGGGGAGUUGAGGCUCAGGGCCUCAGACCUACCUGGUCUGAAGAUGCUACUCCAAAGGGAUGGGACCCAACAGGGCCUGGAGCUCCUGGCAGGGUCCGGUAGCUCAGAGCAGACCACAAACUUGUCCUGGCAGAGACAGGCUGUCAAGGCUGGGUGGGGUGGGGCAAAGGUCCCCACGAGGGCCUAAGGUUCCAGGGAGCGGCCAUGGGCAGGCACCAGCCUUGGGUCGUUCCACAAAGCACGCAGCUCUGCCUUGCUCUGUCCUGCUUCUGCCCAUCUGUGGGUCUUCUGACGGCUCACCCCAUCCCCAUGGACACUACCACCACGGGCCCCAGUUUUCCCCUAUUUCCAUCUAGUUGUUCUCCUUUUUUGCUUCCUCCUCAAAUUACCUGCUGUUCCCCAGGGAAAUCCCAUAUUACGGUCUGGAUUGGUCCCUUGUCAUUACUACUUGCAGUGUUGUCUCAAGACCAGGCAAGGUUUAAUUCCCCUGGCUUCCUGUCUCUCACUUUCUGGACAGUUUCCCCCUCUCUUCUUCCUUUCUUGAAGGAUUUACUCUGGACUGGAUGCUAACUUAGUAGAUGGGGAUCCCUGUUCAUAGCGGGGCGGUUUUUGUUUUUGUUUUUGUUUUUAGUGUUACAGUGUUCAUUUGCAGCUAGAUACGUUUAGAAAAUAGUCCCCAAAUGGUCAGUCCUGGGCAGGACACUACCGCAGCAAUGACUAUUUUUGAGAGCUAGAAGUUGCCUUGCAGUCAGGCCCACCUGGUCUAGAAUCUCAGCUUUGUUGCUUUCCCAGCUGUGUGACUUUGGGUACAUUAUUCUACCUGUUUGCACCUCGGUUUGUUCAGACUGAGUAAUAAAAAGGGGGCUAACAACAUGACUGUGUGGGCUUGUUGACUCGCGGUGGGCACUUAACAGCCAUCAGUGAUGCGAUGAGCUCACACAGAUAUGCCUGAUGCCCGUAUACCAGAGGCUUAUUCAGAAGCUGAGCUGCGCCCGAAUAUAUGCUCCAUGGAUCAAAAAUAGGAAAGGAGUCGAGCCUGGGAUCUGGAGCAAAACCAGACCUGUGUUCAAAUCCCAGAUCUCCUCGGAUGACCUUGGGCAAGUUACCUAAUCUCUCCGUCUCCUUAUCUAUCAAGGGAAGUUAACAAUAUGGAUGCCUAUACAACACUCAAGGAGUUAGUUGCUUUGCGUAUUAAAAGAGAAAAUGCAGUGAACUAGCUCAGCCUGGCACCUACCACUUAAGUGCCCAAUACUUGUUAGUGGCUAUUAACAUUAUUAUUAUUACUGUUGGUAGAAGAAGACGGGGCCAGAAGACGCCUGGGGGUUAGUCCUGACAGUCAGGGUCCUGGGAAGCAAGUGGUGCUGGGCCAACACUCCCUGGAGCACUGCGUCCCUUCCUUUUUCCUGGGGAGUGGGAAUCACACUUAAAGGGAUUCCGAGAAGUUCUGAGUCUACUCCCAGCUCAAUCCGCAUGUGCAUUAAUUUCCUUUGGUGGCAGUGGCCCGACCAUGUGAAAUGCCGGGCUUGCUCUGCGGGUCCCUGAGCUGCUAGGCCAGUGGCGAGACCCUUUGGCUUCAUUUUCCGUACCUGGAAGUGCAGGCCUUAUCCUCCAGGGUGUUAUUGUGAGGAUCCUCUCCGACUAAAUGUGUGAACGGGCAUUCCGUCAGUAUGGAUCAGGUCUGAGCUCGCCGCCUGGGAAUUCGGAGCCCCGUCAGGGUUGCACUGUGCCCAGGGCCGGGCGCCCCCAGCCCCUCGUCUCUGCUCGUCCCCCUCGGUGCUAAGCACGGUGCCUGGUGCCUAAGCAGGAAGCAAUCAGUAAAUAUUUGUCGUAUUGAAGAGCCAUCAGGGCGACUUAGGGAAUGGAGAGGAGAACUGGAGAGGAAGGAGCCGGAUCUGUUUAUCAAGAACAGAAAGGACCAGGGAGUAACUUUAAUAAUGUUUCUUGUACGGCCGACAUUAACUAUCUUUAUCAUCGCCCCUCCUCCUCCUCCCCAAAAAGAGAGACAGAAAUUGUAAGGGAGAGGCUGCGAGAUAAAGCCCCAGGAAGAACUUCCCGAGUCCGUGCAUGUCGGGGCAGAAGGCGCGGCCCAGCCAGCUCCGUCCCUGCUCUUCAGCACCUGUUGCCUUCACUAGCAGCUUUUCUUCCUCCUCUUCCCUGCACUCCCCAGAACCAAAGAAUGUGAAGGGGGUCCAUGGAGGCCUCACGUCCCCGCGCCCCGGGCGGCCACUUAGCGCCCUCGCCCCCGGCCUUCGACGGCGAACUGGAUCUGCAGCGCUAUUCCAACGGGCCGGGCGUGAGCGCCGGGUCUCCAGGGAUGGGGGCCGUGGGCUGGUCGGAGAGUCGCGCGGGCGAAAGGCGCUUCCCGUGCCCCGUGUGCGGGAAGCGCUUCCGCUUCAACUCCAUCCUGGCCCUGCACCUGCGGGCGCACCCGGGCGCCCAGGCCUUCCAGUGCCCGCACUGCGGGCACCGCGCCGCGCAGCGCGCCCUCCUGCGCUCGCACCUGCGCACGCACCAGCCUGAGCGCCCGCGUAGCCCCGCCGCGCGCCUGCUGCUGGAGCUGGAGGAGCGCGCGCUGCUGCGCGAGGCCCGGCUGGGGAGGGCCCGGAGCGCGGGCGGCGUGCAGCCCGCCCCUCCCGCCGCCGCCGCCGCCGAGGGCCCGGCGCGGCCCCAGGCCCCCGCGUCGUCCGCCUUCCGGUGUCCCUUCUGCAAAGGCAAGUUUCGCACCGCGGCGGAGCGCGAACGCCACCUGCACAUCCUGCAUCGGCCCUGGAAGUGCGGCCUGUGCAGUUUCGGCGCCAGCCAGGAGGAGGAGCUGCUGCACCACAGCCUGACGGCCCACGGCGCCCCCGAGCGCCCCCUGGCGGCCGCCCCCGCGGCGCCCCCGCCGCCGCCGCCGCCCGAGCCCAGGCCGACCCCCGCGUCCGCGUCCGCAUGCGAGCCUGAGCCCGAGCGCGACGCCCCCCCCGCCGCCGCCGCCGCCGAGGAGCCCCCCGCGCCCCCGGAGUUCCGCUGCCAAGUGUGCGGCCAGAGCUUCACGCAGUCCUGGUUCCUCAAGGGCCACAUGCGCAAGCACACCUCCUUCGACCACGCGUGCCCCGUGUGCGGCCGCUGCUUCAAGGAGCCCUGGUUCCUCAAGAACCACAUGAAGGUGCACGCCAGCAAGCUGGGCCCGCUGCGCGCCGCGGGGUCCGCCUCCGCGGCGGCGCGCGCCCCGCAGCCCCCCGACCUCGGCCUGCUGGCCUACGAGCCGCUCGGCCCCGCGCUGCUGCUGGCGCCCGCGCCCCCCGCGCCCCCCGCGCCCGAGCGCCGGGAGCCGCCCAGCCUGCUGGGCUACCUGAGCCUGCGGGCGGGGGAGGCCCGGCCCAACGGGGACGGCGCGGAGCCCGGGGCCGGCCGCGGCUUCGCAGGCUUCCGCCCCGCGCCCGCCGCCCUCCCGGCCCGGGCUCGCCGACCCCGCGCCGAGGAGCCGGACGACGAGGAGGAGGUGGUGGAGGCGGAGGACGAGGCCUGGGCCCGCGGCAGGCCGGGGGGGCCGCUGGCUCCGCUGCACACGCGCCCCGCCGAGGGCCCCGGGCUCGCCGCACCUGCCGCGGGGGCGCAGGCCAGGCCCGCGGCGCAGGAAGAGAACGGGCUGUUAGCUGGAGGGACUCGGCCCGAAGGCGGCCGCGGAGCCACGGGGAAGGACUGCCCCUUCUGUGGAAAGUCUUUCCGCUCAGCGCAUCACCUUAAGGUGCACCUGCGAGUGCACACAGGCGAGCGCCCCUACAAGUGUCCGCACUGCGACUACGCGGGCACCCAGUCCGGCUCGCUCAAGUACCACCUGCAGCGCCACCACCGGGAGCAGCGCAGCGGGGCCGGGCCCGGCCCCCCCCCGGAGCCGCCGCCCCCUUCCCCGCGGGGCUCGGCACAGCCGUCAGGGGCCAAGCCCGCCCCGCAGCCGGCCGCCUGGGCAGAGGGCGCCGCGCACCCCCGGCCUCCCCCGAGCGCGGCGGCGCCCGGGUCCCGUCGGAAGCCCGCCAGUCCCGGGAGGACCCUGCGCAACGGGCGAGGCGGUGAGGCCGAACCCCUGGACCUGUCCCUGCGGGCGGGGCCGGGGGGCGAGGCCGGGCCGGGGGGCGCCCUCCACCGGUGCCUCUUCUGCCCCUUCGCCACCGGAGCCCCGGAGCUCAUGGCCUUGCACCUGCAAGUGCACCACAGCCGCCGGGCUCGGGGCCGCCGGCCGCCCCCGGCGGAUGCGUCCCCGCCCUACGCCCCCGCACAGUCCGCAGAGACCCCCCCCAGUCCUCCGCAGGAGGGGGAGGAGGGCUCCGGGCUGCCGGGGGCCCAGGAGCGGUAGGGAGCCCGCCUAGGGGCGGUUAGCGUAGUGAGCUCCCCCGCGGGGGCGGGGGGCCUAGAGGUAGUGGGUAGAGCAGCCAGCGGGGGGCAGCGUGGGGCCCGCAGCCGCGCCCCCGCGGAGCAGAGGUGAGGGGUGGAGGGCGUAGGAGGGUGGGCGGGCGGCACCCACCCAGCCCAGGGGAGAGUCACAGUGCCUUAGCAGUGGCGGGGGGAGGAGCGGAGGACGGGGUCCGGGCUGCCCAGGCCUGGCCCCCGGGGAGGAGGCGCUCUGCCGGUCUUCGCUGGUCCAUAGGUGACAGAGUUUAUUUUUGUACAAUGGGUGGGGGUGGGGGGCACUGUACCCUUCUAGCCCCUUCAGGGGCCCCUGUAGACGUCGCUAUUUUUGGUACAAUUCCUGUCACCCCUGUCGCAGAGUUGUGUCCCCAAUAAACAGGUGUCUUGAGGCACAGG